AGCUUCCUCCCACUCUUAGCCUCCGUCGUUCAGCCCCAAACCCUAGCGAGAAAGCGAGAGAAAAUGGCCGAAACUCUGGUGCUUCGGGGGACGAUGAGGGCUCACUCUGACUGGGUGACGGCGAUCGCCUCUCCGAUCGACAACUCCGACAUGAUCGUCUCGGCGUCCCGCGACAAGUCCCUCAUUGUCUGGCACCUCACCAAGGAGGACCGCCUCUACGGCGUGCCUCGCCGCCGCCUUACCGGCCACUCGCACUUCGUCCAGGACGUGGUCCUCUCGUCCGACGGCCAGUUCGCGCUCUCCGGCUCCUGGGACAGCGAGCUCCGGCUUUGGGAUCUGGCAGCUGGCACCACCGCCCGCCGCUUUACCGGCCAUACCAAGGACGUUCUCUCCGUCGCCUUUUCGAUCGACAAUCGCCAAAUCGUCUCAGCUUCCAGAGACCGAAGCAUCAAGCUGUGGAACACUCUCGGUGAGUGCAAGUACACUAUCCAGGACGGUGACGCACAUUCGGAUUGGGUCAGUUGCGUCAGGUUUAGCCCCAAUAAUAUUCAGCCGACAAUUGUGUCCUCUUCUUGGGACAAGACUGUUAAGAUCUGGAAUUUGACUAAUUGCAAGCUGAGAUCGACUCUGGCUGGCCACUCUGGCUAUGUCAACACGGUGGCGGUGUCGCCAGACGGGUCGCUGUGCGCAAGUGGAGGGAAAGAUGGGGUAAUCUUGCUGUGGGACUUGGCGGAGGGCAAGCGGCUUUACUCUCUUGAUGCUGGGUCUAUCAUUCAUUCUCUGUGCUUCAGUCCCAAUAGGUACUGGCUCUGCGCGGCGACUGAGGCCAGCAUUAAGAUCUGGGACUUGGAGAGCAAGAGCAUUGUUGUGGAUCUCAGGAUUGAUCCCAAGCAGGAGGCUGAAAUGAACGAGGGUGGCACUACCCAAUCCUCUGUCAAAACUAAGGUUAUAUACUGCACAAGUUUGAACUGGAGUUUUGAUGGAAGCACGCUAUUCAGCGGAUAUACAGAUGGUGUAAUCAGAGUUUGGGGUAUUGGUCGUUAUUAGAAUGCUUGGUUUAGACCAUGAAUUAUCCAGUCCAUGUCAUCACAUUAUGUCAAAUCAGUCAGGUUUCUGCCCAAAUUUUGGAGGACUUUUGUAUUCUCUAUGCUUCAUGGCAUUGAGGCUUUUUUAUUUUUGUUUUUAAUAUUAUGUUAGCUGUUGAAUUUGGUUUUGACUAUGAAUUCAAGGUAAGGUUUUCUUCUGAUA